AAAAAGAAAAAGAAAAAGAAAAAGAAAAAGAAAAAAAAAAAAAAAAAAAAAAAAAAAAAAAAAAAAAAAAAAAAAAAAAAAAAAAGAGCAGCCUCGCGGUCCUCCAAAAUGGCGGAAUUCGUGCGUGCCACGAUUUUCGGCACCACCUUCGAAAUCACCAGCCGGUACACGGAGCUGCAACCGGUGGGAAUGGGUGCCUUUGGUCUUGUCUGUGCCGCAAGAGAUCAAUUGACCGGAGCGCCCGUCGCCGUCAAGAAAAUUAUGAAGCCUUUCAGCACACCCGUCCUGUCCAAGAGAACAUAUCGCGAGCUCAAGCUCUUGAAACAUUUGCGCCAUGAGAACAUUAUCUGCCUGAGCGACAUUUUCAUUUCCCCGCUCGAGGAUAUUUACUUUGUCACCGAACUCCUGGGCACCGACCUUCACAGACUCUUAACUUCCCGACCAUUAGAGAAGCAAUUCAUCCAAUAUUUCCUUUACCAGAUCUUGCGGGGUCUGAAAUAUGUCCACUCGGCCGGUGUCGUGCAUCGUGAUCUCAAACCGAGCAAUAUCCUGAUCAACGAAAACUGCGACCUGAAGAUUUGCGAUUUUGGUUUGGCCCGGAUUCAAGACCCGCAGAUGACCGGCUAUGUGUCGACGAGAUACUAUCGCGCCCCGGAGAUUAUGCUUACAUGGCAAAAGUAUGAUGUGGAGGUCGACAUCUGGAGUGCAGGGUGUAUUUUUGCCGAGAUGCUCGACGGGAAGCCGCUGUUCCCUGGCAAGGACCAUGUCAACCAAUUCUCCAUUAUCACCGAAUUACUGGGUACGCCGCCAGACGACGUGAUCGAGACCAUCUGCAGUGAAAACACAUUGCGAUUUGUCAAGUCGCUCCCUAAGCGGGAACGGCAACCACUGACCAACAGGUUCAAGAAUGCGGACCCUGAGGCGGUGGACCUUUUGGAACGAAUGCUGGUCUUUGACCCCAAGAAGCGAAUCCGCGCCGGUGAGGCUUUGGCGCACGAGUACCUUGCUCCCUACCACGAUCCCACCGACGAGCCCGAGGCACAAGAGAAAUUCGACUGGUCGUUCAACGAUGCGGAUCUGCCGGUGGACACCUGGAAGAUCAUGAUGUACUCGGAGAUUCUCGACUUCCACAACAUCGACCAAAGCGAGGAUGCUGGGCACGUCCUUGUGGAAGGCGUCGGGGAUGGCCAGCAGGCAUUCGCCGCCUAAGGCAAGUUAAGAAAAUAAUAAUAUCGCACAUUGGCGCGUGGGAUCCAGAAUAGACAGAUUUUUCGUUUACUUACCCCUUCUAUAUCCAUUUCCUCUUUACAGUGGCGUCACCGGGAUGAUGGACAUAUGGAGAUGGGAUUUUGAUUUGUGAUUAUGAAUGUUUGAGUGACGCCUGUACACGAUAAAUUCCAUUUUGUUCUUUUACCCUCAUGUUUAUCUCUUUUUUUUUACUAUUAUUAUUAUUCUUUUUUUUUUUUUUUUUUUU